AUGGAUUUUACGGGAAAAGUGGUUCUCAUCACUGGAGCAUCGUCGGGUAUUGGUGAAGGAACCGCGAUCUAUUUUGCCAAAUUCGGUGCUUCGCUCGCUUUAACGGGACGGAACGAGGCGAACCUAAAGAAGGUAGGCGAAGCCUGUGAAGCCCUAUCGAAGAGCGCCCCGCUGUUGCUCGUUGCCGACGUUACGAAGGAGCAAGACAACCAGCGGGUUCUCGACCAGAUCGUGGCCAAGUACGGGAAACUGGACGUUCUGGUCAACAAUGCCGGCAUUAUCGGGAGCGGAUCGAUCGAAAGCACGAGCAUGCAGCAAUACGACGAACUGAUGAACACCAACGUACGUGCUGUGUACCACUUGACCAUGCUGGCCACCCCGCUGCUGGUGAAGACGAAGGGAAACAUUGUGAACUUAUCGAGUGUGGCCGGUAACCGUUCGUUCCCGGGAAUACUGGCGUACAGCUUGUCGAAGGCAGCGAUCGAUCAGUUCACUCGCUGUACCGCCCUGGAACUGGCCCCGAAACAGGUGCGCGUGAACGCCGUCAACCCAGGUGUGAUCGUCACCGACAUUCACAAACGCGGCGGAAUGGAUGAGGAAGCAUAUGCGGCGUUCCUUAAGAAAUGCGAACAAACGCACGCCCUUGGGCGGCCAGGGGUCCCUGAAGAAGUCGCAGCAACGAUUGCCUUUCUCGCGUCGGAUGGCGCCAGUUUCAUUACGGGCGUCACCCUGAACGUAGACGGUGGCAGACACGCGAUGUGUCCGCGGUAGGGGUGUUUCGGAUGUAUCGACGAUCAGCAUCGCUUACAACAUUGUGUCAAGCAAAAGGAGGAUAUUUUUAUUUUAAUUCGUACGGCAGAGCGAAAUAAAACAGUUCACCGCACAGGAGGA